AUGCGUCUUAUUCCAUGUAUAAAAUCUUACGACGAAGGAGUAGACCAUUCUAAACAGAUAGACCGAGAGAUCAAAGAAUGGAUCAAGACAUACAAUGAGGCAAUCAAAUUGCUGCUUUUGGGGACCGGGGAAAGUGGAAAGACCACCAUAAUAAAACAAAUGAGAAUUUUACAUAUAAAAGGUUUUUCUCACAGUGAGAGAAUGGCAAUGACAACGCAUAUUCAUUUUAACACUCACGAGGCAAUUUACGAAAUUAUUCAAAACAUGCCACCAUUGGGCAUCGGCUUACAAAAUCCUAAGAACGUCAGAGCUCAAGAGUAUCUACUAAAGGUUGGUCCGGAAGGCCCUCAGGAGUACAAUGAGGAAUAUUUCGACAACGUACGAGACUUAUGGCAAGAUGGCGGAGUGCGGGAAUGCUUCAAAAGAUCCAACGAGUAUCAACUGAUUGACAGUGCUGAAUAUUUCUUAGACAGGAUAGACCUAAUUGGGAAAGAAGACUACGUACCUUCGGACGCCGACAUAUUGAGGUGUCGACGGAAAACCACCGGCAUCCAGAAAAUCGAGUUCAAAGUUAAGGUGCCGAAGUCAGUCCAUGGUGGCAUUCAGGAGUUCUGGAUGUUUGACGUAGGCGGGCAGAGGGGAGAGAGGAAGAAGUGGAUACAAGUAUUUGAAGGGAUCCACGCAAUCUGGUUCGUGGUGGCGUGCAGCGACUUCGACCAGACGUUGAGGGAGGACAACUCUCAGAACCGACUUAAAGAAGCGCUUAUCCUGUUCGAGGAUGUCUGGCAAAGCAGAUUUCUCCUCGAGGCAGGACUGAUUGUGUUCCUCAACAAGCAGGACCUUCUGGAGACUAAGAUCAAGCAGGGCAGGAGUAUAGCGCCAUAUUUCCCAAAGUACAACCACUUUGAGGCUCCCGGAGACGAAUAUACGAGGACCAAGUUAUUUAUUAGAAGUCUUUUUGCGAACCUGACGAAUAAGAAGCGGGAACGUCGCGAGGUGAUUGCGUCUGCAGAGAGAUUCGUGGUCCUGGAGGCGAGUCGCGCGCGUGAAUGUUACUUCCACUUCACCACUGCUACUGACACAGAUAACGUGCGCACCGUCUUUCGCGACGUUCACCAGAUGAUCCUCACGCACAUACUCAGCAACAUUGGUGUCUAUUGA